UCUCUCUCUCUCUCUCUCUCUCUCUCUCUCUAUUUGGCUGUAACUAACAAAUCAAAGAAGAAGAAUGUUUUACUCGCAGACGUAUUUGGCAAGAAAAGGGCCGCUGGGGACGGUGUGGUGCGCGGCGCAUCUGCAGCACCGGCUCCGCAAGUCUCACUACAUCUCCACCGAUAUCUCCUCCACCGUCGAUCGAAUCAUGUUUCCGGAAGUUCCCAUCGCUCUGAGAAUGUCAGGCCACCUUCUCUUAGGCAUUGUUCGGAUAUAUUCGAAGAAAGUGGAGUAUCUGUUCCAAGAUUGUAAUGUUGUUUUAAAUGGGUUAAGAAAGGCCUUUGCUUCUAUAGACCUUAAUUUGCCGGAGGAUGCAAGACAAGCGCCGGUUCAAUUGAUCACUUUGCCAGACAAAUUUGACCUUGAUUCGUUGGAUUUGGAUGAUGAUAUAUACCGUGAUGGGACCCCGGAUAAUCACCUCAGGAGUCAAGAGGAGAUUACAUUGACAGAUCAAAAUCCUAUUGGAAGAGACCCCUAUGUUGCUAUUUCUUUUGAUGAGGAUAUCAUGAUGGUGGACUCGUCACAUCCAGAAGUGGUUCCCAAUUCAGAUGUCAGACCAAUGGAGGAGGAUAUUCCCACACCACCUCCAAUUAAUGAGAGGGAAGCACUUAAUGCGAGGCCUAGUAAUGACGGGAUGCCUCAAAAUUUUCAGCAUGAUGUGGUCUUUCGAGAUGCUGAUCCAAGUAAUCAGACAGAAAUGCUCGAUACAAGGUUUGCUGUUGACAACAUCUCUUCAGAUGUUCCAGAAAGGGAAAUACUGCGUGCUGUUCAUGAUUUUGGAUUAGAAGACCUUCCUCCAAUGUUGCCAGAUCACAGGGAAAACAUGGCUGAAACAAACAGUUCUUUAGACCAAACCAUGAACGAGAAGGACAUCAUCUCUCCAAUUGCGGAGGACAAUUUUAUGUCUGGCGGGCAGUCUUUACUGUUUCAGCAACGUUCUGAACCACCACCGUCUGCUGCUUCCCAAGAAGCUCCUGAGAUUCUUGAUACACAUGUUUCAUUUAGUAUGGCAGGGGAUAUUUCUCCUGGAUUGGGAAUUAUUCGAUCAACACCGCCUGUUCAGCAGCCAAAGGCAAGACCAAGGAAGAGAAAGCAGUUCUUUGAUAAGUCUACAGUUUUGACUAAUAAAUUUAUGAAGAAGUCACUUGAAGAUUCUAGUGACUUAUUGCGAAAGAAAAGGGAUGCCCCUUGCUCUGCUUUGGGUGUGUGGAAGUUGAACAAUAUCCUAAGAAAGGAACAAAUUUUUCAGCAGCCUUCAUUAGUUGGUUUGUGUAUGGAUCUCUGUGAUAUUUUCAAGAAGGACUACAUAUCUUCAAAGCCCCAUCUGGUUGUCUCUGAGGAAGCUUUUCCAGAUCCUAGGAUUGCAGCAACUCCCGUUUCAACAACUGAAGCUUUCCCAGAGCCUAGGGUUCCACCAUCUCCUGCUGCUACAGCCGAAGCUGUCCCAGAGCCUUGUGUUGCUCAAUCUCCUGCUCCUGUGCCUGACCUUGACAUGGAAAUCGAACGUCCUCGAAAUGUUGAAGGCCAUGAUAGCAACAAUUUUUUACCUGAAUUUGUGCCUUCUCAAGCCAACUUCACACCUCCUCUUAGAAGACAUGACUUCACUCCUGCAACAACCAGUGAGAUCGGAGUGCUUCCUACACCUGAUCCAGCAGUAUUCACUGGAACUUGUAGGUCUGAGCUGGAAAGACCCAUGGCACUUUCAGAGGAGCGACUAGAUCUAGAGCACACUGGCUUUUCAGAUAUCCAUGGUCUGAUGAAUUCUGCAGAAGCAGAUGAACUUUAUUUUCUGGAAGCAGAUAACAAUACACCAACAGGAUCCCAAGGAAUGGGAGGAGUCGACUCUUUGUCAGUGAGAAGCAGGGCUAUGGCUCAAUAUUUAAAAAGGCAUUCUCCUAUAAACCCAACCUCAGAAGGUCUAUCUGAAGAUCUCAGUUUAAACAAGACUUUAGAAGGAAAAACAAGAAAGAUAUGUGCUCGAAUGUUCUUUGAGACACUGGUUUUGAAGAGUUAUGGACUGGUUGAUGUACAACAAGAAGAACCUUAUGGUGAUAUUAGUUUGAAGCUGACUCCCACACUUUCGAAGGCUGAAAUUUGAGUUACAAAGAUACGUGUCUUGCUUUGCAGGCCUUCAUGUAUAUAUAUAGAUGAGUUACCAAGCCAAGGAAAAGCAAAUGCAGUUGGAUUUGUACAGCGGCAGCAUUCAAUUUUGGAUUCUAUGCUUAGAACAUUUUUCUGUUAGGAUCGUUGUAGGUGAUGGUAAAUUAUUGUAAGCAGCAAAGUAGUGUGAAAUUAUUGUAGUUUAAA